UUGAACAAGAAGGUCACAUUUACUAAUUUAGUAACAGUAUUGAAAACCUGCGUCUUGCGUUCAGUAUGAGCAUACACAACUGAACUGUUAAGAUGAACAACGAUUUUGAUCCAUUAAAGGAACAAAAAUUGGGAUUUAUUACUAGAAAUAAUUUGAAGUUAAAUCGUUACCUCCAAAGAAAGGGAUGGGUGAAAGACAGUCGAUAUAGAUCUUACCCUCUCAUAUUUGGCAUGGUCGCAUUUUCCGUUGGAUAUGUUUAUAUGAUGUAUUUCAAUUUUAGAGUUAUGUCAGAUGCGAGACAAGGGAAAAAAAGAACAUUCAAGUUUCCAUGGAAUUAAUUUUGCAAUGGAGAGAAAAUGGUGUAAAAGAAUAAAACAAUUAAUAAAGGAUGGUAGACCAGCCAAGUUGAAAUCUUACAUCAAGAAGCAUGAUAUUGAUAUCCAACACCUUCAAUUUACCAAUGGAAGAACAAUUCUACAUUACUGUUGUAAAUACCAUGAUUUUAUUGGAUUUAGAUAUUUUAUUGGGAAGGGAAUUUGUUUGUCCACUAAAGAUGACGAUGGGAAUACUGCCCUGCAUAUUGCUUUGAAGGAAGCCCUAAAGAAAAGUCAUAGGUCUGAAGUCAGUGAAAUUUACAAUCAGCUUAUUCUGCCAAUACUUGAGCAACAUCCCGAGUCCCUGAAGUGGAGGAACCAUGAAGAUAUUACCUGUAGAGAUCUCCUAGAUCAGCUCAGAGAGAAACAAGAUGGACAGUGUAGAGAAAGUCCUGAGAAGAACUGGGAGGAGAAACUUACUGAUGAGUUAGAGGAUGAGUAUCAGGAGGGCUGGGGCAGCAGGUUUACAGGUGAUUUAUCUGAAGAGGAAACUUUCCAAGAGAGCUACAGUGAUUGGUCAGACAGAAUGCAUCAUGAAUUUCAUAAAAAGCGUAAAUAUAGUGGUACACUACCAAGCUCCAGCAAGAAACCCAAGAGUCAGGAAGAGGACUUCAACUCAAAGCUCAGACAGGAAAGGGAAAGAAUGAGGAAAAAGUAUGAAGAAAAUCAGAAAAAGGCACAACAAAGUUACAAAAGACAUCAAAAGGAUGUGUAUGAAAGGAAAUGGCAGGAAUUAUCUGAAAAAAUUGUGGAAAAGCAACUUCAUUUUUCAGAUAUUCCAUGGCCAUUCAAAAAAAGUAUUAGUGAAUUAGAAGACUUCCUCUUCCAUGACUUGACUCAAAGUGAGGCUCGAAAGAAAUAUUUAAGGGACCAAGUGAAAAGGUGGCACCCUGACAAAUUUUUGCAAAAGUUUGGGAAUCACAUUUUGUCUACAGAUAAGGAACUUGUCUUACAAAGGGUUAAACAGGUGUCACAGGAAUUGAAUCGCCUGUUUGAGAAAUUUAAAUGAAUUAAAGAAGGACUGUGUUGGAUAUUAAUACCAGAACUUGAUCUUCAUGUGCACCAGGAUGUUUUUAACUUUCUCUCAAAUAAUGUUACUACUAAAAAAACUACAUGUGUUUUUAAUUUUAAACAAUGAAAUGUUUACAUGCA